AUGGGGAGCGGUGCCUUUGCCCUGGUCCUCACCCUGGCCCUGGUCACCCACCUGGCGGUGGGCGUCACCCCUGCGGAGAGGAAGGCCCUGGGCAAGGCGGGCAGAUUCUCCGGUUCCUCCCUGCCAGGGCCUGCCGCCGGCAGCUCCGAAAUCCUCACCUCACCACUGGAGGGGUCCCAGCAGGAUGUGGGGCUGGUCCUGCAGCCCACCUUCUCCUUCACCGUGCGCUGGCGGCUCCGAGGCACGGAGACAGCCCAGAUGACUGCCUUCCUGGGCCAGUGCUACGUGGGCGCCAACGGGGAGGAGACCCUGCAUGCCCUGUGGCUCCUGAGAGAGGCGGCUGACAGCCCCACCGAGGACUGGAAAGCCACCCGGAUUGGCACCAGAGUUUUCACCCGGAUAAAAUAACAGCAAGCAGGGAAAUCCAGGAGACUCAGGACUGCAAGGAUACAGCGCUUCCCCCGGCCAAGCUCUGCCCGCGCUGACAUGCUGCAUUUCAGCAGCUCUCAGCCCACAGGUUCAUGCUUUCCCAGGCAAGUUCAGCCCAGUGUGAAGGCUGGGCACCAGGUGCAAAAUAAAGGGUUUUUGUGGG